AUGAAUGUCCAGGACUAUUAUACAGAUAGUGAUGACGAUUCGGAGUAUGAGUUAAGUGAUAUUUCGGAUAUGAGUGACUCUGACGAAACAUAUUCGGAGACCGAUGACGAUGAACUUGUCGAAAACGUGACCAUGGACGAAUGGCAAGUUUUAAGUGAUCCUUUUUCCGAUCAGGUUCCUAGAGCUACGCAAAAUUUUUCUUCUGAAUAUACUUUUCACCCCGCCAUUGAUAUGGAAGAGUGCAGAGAUCCAGUCAAUUGUUUCGAAUGUUUUUUAAGCCCAAAUAUCGUAGCGAAAUUAAGUGAGUGGACGAACAGAAGAGCUGAAAUGUACUUUGAACAAAAUACAAAUACAAGGACAGUUUAUGGCGUUCAGUGGAAGAAACUAGAAAAAGAAGAGAUGUACGUUUUCAUCGCGCUUCAUAUUCUUACUGGAUUAGUAAAGUGCCCUCGCAUAACAGAUUACUGGAGUAAUAACAUUUUGUGCACUGGUCCAAAAGUUUUCAAUGAGUCGAAACAGGUAUCUUUCUAUACUCAAGUUUAUUCGGUCUUCGCCACCCGAUGUAGCAAGAAACAAUGCCCCUCUAAGCCGACUUGGAAUUUAUAUGUCCAUGCUCAAAGACAACUGCAAGACGUUGGUUGA